UGCUGCUUGGUGUCUUUCCUGCGGUUACCGCUGCUGCCGUCGCCGCUAUGGGCAAAAGGGACCGGGGGGACCGCGAUAAAAAAAAGUCCAAGAAGCGACACCACGAGGAUGAGGAGGUGGAGGAAGAUGACGCCCCCGGGAAUGACUCUCACGAAGCGGUUCCUUCGGCUGCUGGGAAGCAAGUCGACGAGUCGAGCACCAAAGUGGAUGAGUAUGGAGCCAAGGACUACAGGCAGCAGAUGCCCCUGAAGGACGACCACACCUCCAGGCCCCUCUGGGUGGCUCCCGAUGGCCACAUCUUCUUAGAAGCCUUCUCUCCGGUUUAUAAAUACGCUCAAGACUUCCUGGUGGCUGUUGCUGAGCCAGUGUGUCGGCCAACCCACAUACAUGAGUACAAACUAACUGCAUAUUCCUUGUAUGCAGCUGUCAGCGUUGGGCUGCAAACCAAUGACAUUACUGAGUACCUCAGGAAACUCAGUAAGACAGGCGUACCUGAAGGAAUUAUUCAUUUUAUUAAGCUGUGUACGGUCAGCUAUGGAAAAGUCAAGCUAGUCCUGAAGCACAACAGGUACUUUGUUGAGAGUUCCCACCCGGAUGUCAUUCAGCAUCUUCUUCAGGAUCCUGUGAUCCGAGAAUGCCGCUUAAGGAACUCUGAGGGGGAGGCAACGGAGCUUAUUACAGAGACGUUUACGAGCAAAUCUGCUAUUUCUAAAAUUUCUGAAGUGAGUGGUGGACCCUCUACAUCUCGAGGGACUGACCCACAGAGUAAAUCUGACAUCCCUACCGACUUGUUUGACUUUUAUGAGCAAAUGGACAAGGAUGAGGAAGAGGAAGAAGAGACGCAGACAGUUUCUUUUGAAGUCAAGCAGGAAAUGAUUGAAGAACUCCAGAAGCGUUGCAUCCACCUGGAGUAUCCUCUGUUGGCAGAGUAUGACUUCCGGAAUGAUUCUGUCAAUCCUGACAUCAACAUUGACCUGAAACCCACAGCUGUGCUCAGACCCUAUCAAGAGAAGAGCUUGAGGAAGAUGUUUGGGAAUGGGCGUGCACGCUCAGGGGUCAUUGUUCUUCCAUGUGGUGCUGGGAAGUCCCUGGUUGGAGUGACAGCUGCUUGCACUGUUCGAAAGCGUUGCCUGGUACUGGGCAAUUCGGCUGUGUCUGUGGAGCAGUGGAAAGCCCAGUUCAAGAUGUGGUCCACCAUUGACGACAGCCAGAUAUGCCGAUUCACUUCUGAUGCCAAGGACAAACCCAUAGGCUGCUCUGUUGCCAUCAGUACCUACUCUAUGCUGGGCCACACCACCAAAAGGUCCUGGGAGGCUGAACGUGUCAUGGAGUGGCUCAAAACUCAGGAAUGGGGCCUCAUGAUUCUAGAUGAAGUACACACCAUCCCAGCCAAGAUGUUCCGGCGGGUGCUUACUAUUGUGCAGGCCCACUGCAAGCUGGGCUUGACAGCCACUCUUGUGCGAGAAGAUGACAAAAUUGUCGACUUGAAUUUUCUGAUUGGGCCUAAGCUCUAUGAAGCCAAUUGGAUGGAGCUUCAGAACAAUGGCUACAUCGCUAAAGUCCAGUGUGCUGAGUGGGCUUCCUACUGGAAGGAAGCUUUUCUUAUACUCCUUUUUCCCACAAAAGGGCUCUCAGAAUUACUGGGAAGUGAUUCUCUGGUUUUUAACACAACUUUGUUGUUUUCUAGGCCCUAUAUUUAUGGUCCAACUUCCCAGGGAGAAAGGAUGCAAAUUCUGCAGAAUUUCAAACACAACCCCAAAAUCAACACCAUCUUCAUAUCCAAGGUAGGAGACACAUCAUUUGAUCUUCCAGAAGCAAACGUUCUCAUUCAAAUCUCUUCUCAUGGUGGCUCCCGGAGGCAAGAGGCCCAGAGACUAGGGCGUGUCCUCCGAGCCAAAAAAGGUAUGGUUGCAGAGGAGUACAACGCCUUUUUCUACUCACUCGUGUCCCAGGACACUCAGGAAAUGGCUUACUCAACCAAGCGGCAGAGGUUCUUGGUAGAUCAAGGUUAUAGUUUUAAGGUGAUCACAAAGCUUGCUGGCAUGGAGGAGGAAGAUUUGGCCUUUUCAACCAAAGACGAGCAGCAGCAGCUUCUACAGAAAGUCCUGGCAGCCACUGACCUAGAUGCCGAGGAAGAGGUGGUAGCAGGAGAAUUUGGCACCAAAUCCAGCCAGGUAUCCCGGCGCUUCGGCACCAUGAGCUCCAUGUCUGGGGCUGAUGACACUGUGUAUAUGGAGUACCACUCCUCGCCGCGGAACAAGGCUUCCACCAAGCACGUACACCCGCUUUUCAAGCGCUUUAGGAAGUGAUGCCUACUCGCUCGUGCAGUGGUGGAGGCUCAGUAUCCGCCUUGAUGAGAUUUUCAGAUGUUCCUGCCACACACAGGUGUGUCUCCCCUCAUGUUGCUGAAUUGGCAUUCUCGACCUGGUCAAGAACAUUCAAUGUUUCUUGACCAUUGAAGACUACAUUUUUUAUAUUUUCAAGUGACUUUUGAACUUGUAUAUAGAAAAAUGUAAUAUUUAAAAUGUAUUUAUCUUACUGUUCUCUGAAUAAAAAGCCAUGGGAAUAUA